GUGUGAAUGUAUUGUGCUCUUCUGACUGCCUCUCUGUCUCUCAUUUGGCGGAUUUUGGAAAGUCAAGGUGCGCUCUGACGGCUAUAUACGCAGAGCAAGAUGAAUGGUUCUUUGUCUUCUCCGUGUACGAAUACGCGUACUGAGCGUUUAUUUAUGUAUGUUCACGCACGUUGCAGAAUUUUCUCGAGAUUUCACUCGUAGUAGGCAACUUUCUUGCAGGGGAUCUUCGCACUUCCCGAAUGAAAACGAUGACGAGCUGCCUAACUUUUAUCGCCUGUUGACCGCUUGCGGAGGGGAAAUUCACGCUCGCAUGAUAGAGCACUUUAAUUUACUCCAAAAAACGCAAUCUUUAUAGUUCAUUGGAUUAUUUAGCUUUCUCAGAAUGCAUUAUCAGCAGAUGAUGACAAUUUUUACUGUAAUGAUUAUGUCGCUGCUAUUUUCUAAUCUUCAAUAAUUCGGCGGAGCCUUGUCGAGAGCCCUGGACGAUUUUGGAGCAUAUGUGCUUAUAAUUUUAUAGCUUGAAGUUUUCAUAUACAUCUGAAAUUACAAAGAUACUUAAAUAUGGGCCCAUCAAAACGCUUUAAAAAAGAUUCGGAACGUGGAAAAUCAAGGAAGAAUAAAAAGACAGAUGAGGCUGAUCCUGAAUAUGUUAUCGAUGAUGAUCUCAAUGGUGAAAAUAUAGACACUGAAGGUAUUCCGGAUGCAGCCAAAAAUGAUGUAGAAAAACAAGAUGAUGGUGUUUUGGAAGAUGAGUUUGGAGCCAAAGAUUAUCGUUCACAAAUGAUAUUAAAGCCUGAUAAUGCUUCAAGACCAUUAUGGGUUGCUCCUAAUGGGCACAUCUUUUUAGAAUCUUUUUCACCAGUGUACAAGCAUGCACAUGAUUUUCUUAUAGCUAUUUCAGAACCAGUAUGUAGGCCAGAACAUUUACAUGAGUAUAAGUUAACUGCUUAUUCUUUGUAUGCUGCUGUAAGCGUUGGAUUGCAAACUCAUGACAUAAUUGAAUAUUUAAAAAGACUGAGUAAAACUAGUAUUCCUGAUGGUAUUAUAGAAUUCAUCAAGUUGUGCACUCUUUCAUAUGGGAAAGUCAAACUUGUCUUAAAACACAAUAAGUAUUUUAUUGAAUCACCAUUCCCAGAAGUAUUACAAAAGAUGUUGAAAGAUCCUGUUAUUCAAGAGUGUAGAUUAAGAAAAAAAUUUUCAGAUGAAGUCAAAGACAAAGACGAAUUUAUUACUAACGUACAAAAAAAAAUGAAAGCUCCACAAUUUGGAGCAAAGCCACUUCCAGAUAUAUCACAAAAUAAUCCUUCAGAAAUAUCAAAAUUACCAGGAGAUGAAAAUACAACUGAAACAAUUACUGAAGCUAUAGUUCCUGAAGAUAUUACUAACUUUUAUGACAAAAUUGAUAAAGAAGAUGAAGAUGAGGAAGAGCAGCAUCUAAAAACUGUUAGUUUCGAAGUCAAUCAAGAGAAAAUUGAAAUAAUUCAAAAGAGGUGUAUUGAAUUGGAAUAUCCUCUACUAGCUGAGUAUGAUUUUCGAAAUGAUACUGUCAAUCCAGACAUCAAUAUUGAUUUAAAACCUGCAACACUUUUACGCCCUUAUCAAGAAAAAAGUUUACGUAAGAUGUUUGGUAACGGGAGGGCAAGAUCUGGAGUUAUUGUAUUACCUUGCGGUGCUGGUAAAAGUUUAGUAGGUGUGACAGCCUGUUGCACAGUAAGGAAGCGAGCUUUAGUACUGUGUAAUUCAGGUGUUUCAGUAGAACAAUGGAAGCAACAAUUUAAAAUGUGGUCUACUGCCGAUGAUUCAAUGAUUUGUCGUUUUACAAGUGAAGCUAAAGAUAAACCAAUGGGCUGUGGUAUUCUAAUCACUACAUAUUCUAUGAUCACUCAUACACAGAAAAGAUCAUGGGAAGCUGAACAGACAAUGAAAUGGGUUCAAGAUCAAGAGUGGGGAAUAAUGGUUUUAGAUGAGGUACACACUAUCCCAGCAAAAAUGUUUAGAAGAGUAUUAACAAUUGUUCAGUCUCAUUGUAAAUUGGGAUUAACAGCUACACUUUUGAGAGAGGACGAUAAAAUUGCUGACUUAAAUUUUCUCAUUGGACCAAAGCUAUAUGAGGCCAAUUGGUUAGAAUUACAAAAAAGAGGAUUCAUUGCAAGGGUACAGUGUGCAGAAGUUUGGUGUCCAAUGACUCCAGAAUUUUACAGAGAAUAUCUUAGCUGUAAGAUGAGCAGAAAAUUGUUACUAUAUGUGAUGAACCCAAAUAAAUUUCGUGCAUGUCAGUAUUUAAUUCGUUAUCAUGAAAGACGUGGUGAUAAGACUAUUGUUUUCUCAGAUAAUGUGUUUGCAUUGAAACAUUAUGCUCUGAAAAUGGGCAAACCUUUUAUUUACGGCCCCACUGCUCAGCAUGAGAGAAUAAAAAUUUUGCAAAACUUCAAAUACAAUGCUGUUAUUAAUACAAUUUUUGUCAGUAAAGUAGCAGAUACAUCGUUUGAUUUGCCAGAGGCUAAUGUUUUGAUUCAAAUUUCUUCACACGGUGGCUCACGACGACAAGAAGCUCAGCGAUUAGGUCGUAUUCUUCGAGCUAAAAAAGGUGCUGUUGCCGAAGAGUACAAUGCAUUCUUCUACACAUUAGUAUCUCAAGACACAAUGGAAAUGAAUUACUCCAGAAAAAGACAACGGUUUCUGGUCAACCAAGGAUAUGCAUAUAAAGUUAUCACAAAGCUUGCUGGAAUAGAAAAUGAACCGGAUAUGCAGUACAAUACGAGGGAAGAACAAGGUGCACUUUUGCAACAAGUUUUAUCUGCUAGUGACAUGGACGCGGACGAGGAAAGAAUUCCCGGCGAAGGCUCUCGAUCGACAACUCGCAGACCUGGAAAUAUAGCAUCGUUAUCUGGAGCAGACGAUGCUGUUUAUUAUGAGUACAAAAGAUCUGCUUCUACAGCGAAUAAACAUCCUUUAUUCAAAAAGUUUAGAACUUAGCUAAUCGAUAAAAGUUAAUUCGUUAUUCCUGUAAAUAUGUUUUUUUGCAAUCUUGUUUGUUUCUAUGAAUAAAAUCGGAAAAAGUCGGAAUAAAAUGACAUAUU